AUGACUGUCAAGGAGCAUAAGGUGGUCCACGAGGCCCACAAUGUUAAAGGGCGCACACCUCCAAAACAUUUUUACGAUAAACAGCCUGGGAAUGGUUACGUAACGGACAUGAAGCAUUACCGUGAGAUGUACGAUCAAUCGAUCAACGACCCAGAGACGUUUUUCGGUCAGAAGGCGAAGGAAUUCCUACACUGGGACAGGCAGUUCAGUCAGGUUAAAUCAGGGUCGUUGGAAAAUGGUGAUGCAGCAUGGUUUUUGAAUGGUGAAUUGAAUGCAUCGUACAAUUGUGUUGAUAGACAUGCAUUCGCCGAUCCAUCGAAGCCUGCGUUGAUUUACGAAGCAGACGAUGAGAAGGACAACAGAAUUAUCACAUUUGGUGAGUUGCUGAGACAAGUCUCCGAAGUAGCAGGAGUUUUGAAGAGCUGGGGUGUCAAGAAAGGUGACACAGUCGCUGUUUACCUGCCAAUGAUUCCGGAGGCCGUUGUUGCAAUGUUGGCAAUUGCGCGUCUUGGUGCGAUUCACUCAGUUGUUUUCGCUGGGUUUUCUUCGGGUUCCUUGAAAGAUCGUGUUGUCGAUGCUGGUUCAAAGGUUGUCAUUACUUGUGACGAAGGUAAGAGAGGUGGUAAAACUGUUCACACGAAGAAAAUUGUCGAUGAAGGUCUAAAUGGCGUCGAUCAAGUAUCGCAUAUUCUAGUCUUCAAGAGAACAGGUACUGAGGGCAUUAAGAUGAAGGCUGGCAGAGAUUUCUGGUGGCACGAAGAAGCAGCCAAAAAUAGAGGCUAUUUACCACCAGUUCCUGUUAAUUCUGAAGAUCCGUUAUUUUUGCUAUAUACUUCAGGCUCAACGGGUUCGCCAAAGGGUGUUGUCCAUUCCACUGGUGGUUAUUUAUUGGGUGCUGCUUUAACAACAAGAUACGUUUUUGAUAUUCAUCCAGAAGAUGUUCUUUUCACUGCUGGUGAUGUUGGUUGGAUUACUGGUCAUACUUAUGCAUUAUAUGGACCGCUAGUUCUUGGUACAGCAACAAUUAUCUUUGAAUCGACACCUGCUUAUCCAGAUUAUGGUAGAUAUUGGAGAAUUAUUGAACGUCACAAGGCAACUCAUUUCUAUGUUGCGCCAACAGCGUUGAGAUUAAUCAAACGUGUUGGUGAAUCUGAAAUCGCUAAAUACGACACUUCAUCGCUACGUGUAUUAGGAUCUGUUGGUGAACCAAUUGCUCCUGAUUUAUGGGAUUGGUAUCAUGAAAAAGUCGGUAAAAACAGUUGUGUCAUUUGUGACACUUUCUGGCAAACAGAGUCUGGUUCUCAUUUAAUUGCACCAUUGGCUGGUGCAAUUGAUACAAAACCUGGUUCCGCAACUGUGCCAUUCUUUGGUAUUGAUGCAUGCAUUAUUGAUCCUGUCACGGGUAUCGAAAUUCAAGGUAAUGAUGUGGAGGGUGUCCUUGCUGUGAAAUCUACCUGGCCAUCCAUGGCAAGAUCUGUCUGGAAUAAUCAUCAUCGUUACAUCGAAACGUAUUUGAAACCAUAUCCAGGUUAUUAUUUCACCGGUGAUGGUGCCGGUAGAGAUCAUGAUGGUUACUACUGGAUUAGAGGUAGAGUCGAUGACGUCGUAAAUGUUUCUGGUCAUAGAUUGUCAACAGCAGAAAUCGAAGCAUCUUUAGUCAAUCAUGAGGGUGUUUCUGAAUCUGCUGUUGUUGGUAUCAGUGAUGAAUUGACUGGACAAGCCGUCAUUGCUUUCGUUUCUUUAAAGAAUGGUUACGUACAAGAAAAGGUUCCAGAUGGCGAUUCUGAACAUAUUACUCCACAAAAUAUACGUCGUGAAUUAAUUUUACAGGUUAGAGGUGAAAUUGGACCAUUUGCAGCACCAAAGACUGUCAUCUUGAUCAGAGAUCUACCAAAGACAAGAUCGGGUAAGAUCAUGAGAAGAAUUUUAAGAAAAAUUGCAUCAAACGAGGCCGACCAACUUGGUGAUUUAUCGACAUUAGCAAAUGCUGAUGUUGUUCCAGCUGUAAUUUCUGCUACAGAGGAUCAAUUCUUUGCUGAAAAGAAAAAAUAA